UUUCAAUUUUAUAGAAUAUUAUUUCAUAGUAUCAAAUAAUGAGUGGAAAGAAGUCACAAGUAAUGAGCAAUCUCAAGGCAAUUAGCAGGAGGAAUUGCCUGUCACCACAAAAAAUGUUCAAACAGAUAGAGCUAGAUCUCUCAGAGCAUGACACUUAUAUCCAAGAUUUAUCCUCAGGGCACUAAAAACAUUGACCAGGAAUGAAACUACCUCUAGUAUUGGCACAAAGCUUAUUGGAGAUGAAAGAGAAGAAGUCUGCCUAGCGAAUAAUACACAUGGGUUGAACACCAGGUUUGGAUCCAAAAAUGUCUCCCCUUUGCAUGCUCUUAGAGAUCAAGCAAAUCUUAAGCUGCGACCUUUUAAUGUCAGAACUUGUCAAGAUGAUGAGAGUUUGAGCAUGAGCAAUUUCAGAAUUAAUGAUUCAUGACAUGAAAUACCCUUCUUUGGGGAACAAUCUGGGAAUAACUUCAAAUAUGAGCUCCAUAUAGCAUGUUUUGAAGGAGAUUCAGAAAUAGUUAACAGAAUUCUCACGAAACCCAACUCUGUUAUAAAUUUAAACCUUAAAAACAAGCUUGGAUUAACCGCGCUCGAUAGAGCGAUAGAAGGUAAGAGAGAAGAAAUCAUAAAAAUCCUGCUGAAUGAUGUCCGCUGCAACGUAAACACUGGUGGUGGAGAGAAACGAUCAGCACUAAAUUUUGCAGUGCAUAUCCUAAGCCCAUCAGCUACUAAGAGCAUCCUAAAUUCUUCCAAAUUUAUUGACUUUAACAUUGUUGAUGAUAAAGGGAAUAAUGUGUUUCAUAUUUUGUUUGAUAAAUAUUGAGAUGAAAACUCUCAAAAAUGCACUCAAGUGUUGGAAAUGCUAUUCAAGAGUAUCUCACCAAGUCACCAGUACUUAUUCACGCAGUACAACCAAAACAUGCUGUCACCACUGCAUUGAGCAGUGAGAUCAAGGAACAAACUUGCAGUGGCUCAAUUCUUGACUUUAAUAAAGCAGAAUAAUUACUUUAGCGAGAAGAUCACAUCGAUUCCGGUUGGGUUUGAUGAGUAUCCCUUGAUCCACUUCUUCGGAAUCACCUUGAAGUCCUACGAGUCAGAGUAUAUCCUCCGAAAACAUCCUGAAAUAAACAUUAUGGCUAGAGAUAACAGAGGAAUUCCAGCUAUCCUUUUCGAAUAUUUCUGAAAUAACAACAUUGACAAUCAUAAAAGAUGGUUUUUAUUUAAGCAUCUCAAACGGAUUUAUUCUGCUAAAUUCCUCAAACCACAGCGGAGUUACAAGAGAAUUGUCCACUUAGAAAGAGAGUUUACCAGAGUCACUAGAAUGGCUCAUAAGCAGUCCGAAUACCACACAUACACUAAGGUUUUGACUCAAAAAUAUCCCCUUGUGAGGAACAGAGUCUCUCAUUUUAAGAAAACUAGGAAGCACUUCAAAUAAAAUGCUUCAAAAAGAAAUCGAAAAUGACUAUAUUGAGGAAAUCUGUGUAGAAUUUUCUGAAGAAAAGACUCAACCCCUCGAAACCUUCACCUCAAACAUCCGAACAAAAUAUAAGAAGAAAUGUGAGAAAUAUACCAGAAAGUUUCACCCAAAGGAGUCCUUUUCAGAUACUGAAGAUGAGCACUUUAGUAGCACAAAGACAGCAGCUGGGUUUGGAAGCCUGAAUAAUUUUCUUAAUAACAUGAUGAUCAAUCCGAAAAAUAAGAUCGAAAUUGAUAUGUCCCAAGACUUGCUUGUUAAGACAGAGAAUAUAUCCAUCAACCCCGAGGAGCACAGGAACUCAAAGGAUUAUGACAAGGAGAUGACCUGUUUCUCUAAGUUAGUCCCUAAAAUAAUAAAUUCAAAACAAUCGCUAAGAUUGAACUCCCUCAAUACACAAUUCAGGGAUCACCAAGGAAGUCAUAGAGUGAUGGCUGAAAAGAACCUUCUUGAUCCUUCAGUUGUUGAUUGGUUUAAAGAAAACCUCAUCAGAAGGACUCCAGAUAAAAAUGCCCUUCAAAAAUUACCAAGUUUCUGAAUAGCUGAUAAAAUUAGUCCAAAUAUUGAAGAAAUAUGGGGAAAGCUGUAUAAAAUCCUUGAAACCCACAGAGAUUAUUACAUUCAGGUCCCCAUAUGGGAGACUCUGAUUGGCAUCCUCAUAGUCUGUCUUCUCAGCAACAAGAGGCUUGCUAAUUUAGAGAAAAUUAUAAAAGCCCUAAAAUGUGACCAGCCAGAAGUUGCAGAUUCUGUAACAGAAAACUCAAAAUGGCUGAUCUCCCAACUCGAAUUGGUCUUAGGUUAUCAUAAUGCUAGGGCUAAACUUAGAACCCGUAAGGUGAAAAGUCGUAAUGAAUGCAACAUUAGGAGAAAUACUUGAGUCAUUAAGAACCAACUUCCUAAAUCAAUUUUUACCUGAAGGAGACCCUACAACAGAAGGAAUAACAUCUUUAAGAUACAUUCAGCACUAGAUAUGUAUGAAAAUAAAUCGUUUCAGAUGCCGAUGCAGAAGUACAGAAACAAGAUCAUCAGAGAGAGGUCAACAAUUGGCCCUAAAGACAAAAUUGAAUGAAAGACACUGAGCCAAGUGAAAGAGAUGAGCCAGCAAGCUAAAUCAGCCAGGUUGAUAAAACCCAGGCAGAAGCACAUUCCAGAUAGUUUCUUAUUCAAUAACGGAGUUGGGUUCAAUGUCCCUAACCUUGGAAUAAGGCGCAGAAAUACUAACAAAACCCUGAUGCAGAGGAACAGCUACCAAGCUGGUAACCAUCUGUACUAAGCAUUGAGAAAACU